AGCCCCAAAAAUUCACACACACCAUCGUACUACAAGUCAUUCGAGAAGAAAUUAGCCAUAGCAGCAGCAGCAGCAUCCAUGGCGUCCUCUGCUCGUGUGAUCCUCAUCCCUCUCCUCGCCGUCCUCCUCUCCGCCUUCUUCUCCGACGCUGCCACAAUCACCGUCGUAAACAAGUGCAGCUACACGGUGUGGCCGGGCGCGCUCCCGGGCGGCGGCCGGCGCCUGGACCCAGGCCAGUCCUGGGCAUUCACCAUGCCGCCCGGCACCGCGGGCGCCCGCGUGUGGCCGCGCACCGGCUGCACCUUCGACAGCAACGGCCGCGGCCGCUGCAUCACGGGCGACUGCGGCGGCGCGCUCGACUGCGCCGUGUCCGGGGAGCAGCCGACGACGCUGGCCGAGUACACGCUGGGCCAGGGCAACAACAAGGACUUCUUCGACCUGUCCGUCAUCGACGGCUUCAACGUGCCCAUGAGCUUCGAGCCCCUCGGCGGAGGAUGCCGAGGGGCCAGCUGCGCCGUGGACAUCACGGCGCAGUGCCUGCAGGAGCUGAAGGUGGCCGGGGGAUGCGCCAGCGCCUGCGGCAAGUUCGGCGGCGACACCUACUGCUGCAGGGGACAGUUCGAGCACAACUGCCCGCCCACGGACUACUCCAGGUUCUUCAAGGGGAAGUGCCCCGACGCCUACAGCUACGCCAAGGAUGACCAGACCAGCACCUUCACUUGCCCUGCCGGGACCAACUACCAGAUCGUCAUGUGCCCUUAAUUGAGUGCAUUCAUGCAUGCAUGCUUAGUAAUUCUAUGAAAUAUUUGCUUAAUUACGUAGAUAAAUAAGUCAUAUGUACUACUCAAUAAGGAAGUACACUUUCUACUCUGUUAUGAGAGACGAUCAUAUAUAUUACCCUGUAAUAUGUACUCUCCAACAAAUAAAGAAUUACUAAUAAACAUUUGAAUUGCCAUAGA